AUGCCGCGGCUCCUUGGGUGGUCCGUGCUUGCGCCCACGGCGGUGUCGGCAUCCCUGGCAGUUCCAGACACUGACACGGUGACUGCUGCCAUUGCUACUGGGACUCUUGGGACGAUUUUGGGGUCAGCACCACUGGCACCAUCUGGGGAUGAACGGCCUGAACGGCGCCUGGGAGCAUCGGGAGCCCUCACCAGCAGUCUCCCAACUUGGAUGUGCAUCCCACGAUCCUUGGUCUAUGCCUGGGAGCUGAAUGCCCGCAACAUCUCGGCCAGCGCGUACCGCCUGGGUGAGCUGAACCCGGAGACCAGCUACGUCCUGCAGGCGCUGAAGGUCCCGGUGCCGCCGCUGCUGGAGCAGCUGGUACCGGAGGUGGCGGUGGUGGAUACCAACAACCCGGAGGAGCUGCCAGAGGGCAUCUCCAAGGUGCGCCUGCAUUCCAUCGUGGAUCAUCACAAGCUUAGCGGCCUGGCCAAUGCCGAGCCUUUGGAGGUGGACAUGCGGCCCCUCUGCUCGGCCACCAGCAUCCUCUAUUCGCGCUCGAAGCUCUACGGCUUGACGCCGAGCAAGGAGAUCGCGGGGUUGAUGCUUUCCGGCAUCUUGUCGGAUUCGCUGGAGUUUCGUUCGCCCACCACCACGGAGACGGACAAGACCCAUGCAGCGGAGCUGGGGAAAUUGGCAGGUCUGGAUGUGCACGACUUCGCGGAACAGAUGUUGGACGCCAAGGCGAAGGUGGAUCACUUGAGUUCUUCGGAGCUGAUCAUGAUGGAUACGAAGAUCUUCAACAUCGGUGGUAGGAAGUUGCGUGUCUCGGUGCUGGAGACCACCAAAGCUGCCGGGCCCUUGGCACAACAGGCCCAGCUGGUGACGGCCAUGCAGAAGCUGAAAGAGAAGGAGAAGUUGGAUGAUGUGCUCUUCUUUGUGGUAGACAUCCUCAAGGAAGCCGCCACCUUCAUCUCCUCCUCACCCAGCGCGUCCAAGAAGGCCUGGAGUGUCAAGGUGGACAGCGAGGGCUUGGUGGUUUUGCCCAAGGCUGGCAGGGGCCGCAGGGGCGAGCCACCGCACCACUCGUCGUUUCCCUUCUUUCCGCAGGUCCUGUCGCGGAAGAAGCAGAUCAUUCCCAAACUCGAAGCCGCCGCCAAGGAGGAACUGUGA